AUUUUGCCAAGUAUCAAUUUAUGGUCGUAUAAAUCACCUGGUGACUUGCUCUGAACAAUUCAAGGCAAGAGAAAAAUAGAAAAUAAAAUUAAAGAACGCUAUGCGACGAAUUCAUUAAAAAUUUGGGAGAUAUUCUUUCUAUUAGAGACGUUGCUAAAAUAUUUACGUAGUUCCUAAAAAUUGAAAAGGUAACUUUGAAAUUAUUUAGGUGUCCGCGGUACCGAUUUUGAUUUGCGGUCGUUCGAACGACAGGGAUCAGGAUUUCGAAGUGGCAAGAGCUUGUGACAGAAAGUCGAUAGGACGUCGCUGAAAAUUAAUGAACCAAUCGUGUGUAACCUAGCUGCUCGUGCUACCAGAGAAUAAUUAAUGAUGCCGUUAUUUGUACUUUCUUUGUUUCCAUUCCAGACACCGACUUCCGUGGGAAAAUUUCUGAAUUCGGGCUUGCAAAAUCAUACGGUGUUUCCUGAGUUACGGGGAUGUGUCACCAAUUUAUACGGGGGACAGGGUGACUUAUCGAUCCCGUGGAAAUUUAUUUCAUUUAAUCCCUCGGAGAUUAAACCUUCGUAUUCGGAAAUUUUCUAACUUCAAAUAUUUAACGAGAAGACAAAUUUGCAAAUCCUAAAAUAAUUGAAGACCAACCUUCCGCGUUAUUCUCUAUAUUAAACGGUAUAAUAAAAGCGAGGCUUCCUUGUGUAUUUUGAACUUCCCGGAAAUUUAUAUCUCGAUGUAUCUGUUUUAAAGCAAAGAGCUGUUUGCGAGUUGCAGAGUAACCAAGAAUAGAAUCUUGUGCCCCGAAGCAAGCAAACAUUAUCUAAGAACAACAUUCCUGGAGUCUAUCAUAUCCUACGUCUGACGUUCGAUUUCGUACUCUGCGAUUGAAAAUACAAAUUCUCGGGAACACUAUGCAGUAAUUAUUGUAAUAAUAGUCGAAAAUUAAUUGGGUGAUGAUUUUAUUGCUACUUCAUCGAAGGCAACGCAGGAAGAAACUUUUCAUUCGCGAUUCUAUCGGAUGGAGAAGAAAAUGUGGAAUCAGUAUCACGCGUCGAAGAGCAGGUUAAUCGGAGCACGAUUACUCGUCAUCGAAUACGUCGUGGUCAUUGACGCGUGAUGUAUGCGGGCGCAGUCUCAUUGUUCUUCGCGUAGUCUGGGAGAGGCCUUAAUUACACCGCUCCUCGUACGACCGCGUGUACGUUUGAUUUGCGUGCAGACGGCCGUCACGUUAAUUACACGCGGACAGGUUACACGCUCUUACCGGACACGUCAAUGCUUCAUUAAGCAGCUGUUCGCUAAAACUUUCUUCGUUUCUGAUUAGAUUCAAAUGUAUAUAUAUAUCGAGUAGAUUCGAAUCCAAUUCCACGAAAUUCGCGUGAGCGAGGGAAUAUUUCAUCGGGUUGGUCGAUUCUCAAACUCUUCGUCAAUUUUGCAUGCCGAGCAGUAUAACACCCUAUUGUUUGCGUAAACCGCGAUCAGGAAACGACAGAAACGGUCGAGCCGCGGAAUCGUAGUCGAAAUCCUCUGGUAAUUCAGCGCGAAGGACUGUUUUCAAGCUGCGCUGGAGAAUAAUAAUCUGGCAGAAUUAGCGUCGCUGCGAAAUCAUUGGCAACCACUUGAAACAAACGCGAAGGACAGGGAAACAGAAACGUCCUGUUCCAGCAUCGACCGCAGGGUUAAAUCAACCCCCGUUUCCGCAAGCCCUGUGUUACAUAUUCGACGAACAGAACUCGGUCGUGAUGCAACGCGACACCAAGUUUGAUGUUCAUUAUUGCAACGAGUGUUCGUACGUUUCGAUGAUAAAUGAUCACCGCGUCACAGGAUGAUUCUCCCCUUUGGAGAGCAGAGAAUUUCACGUGAAACAUAUCCGAGAGCGAAAGAGAGAGUACGGUGUGUAAUGGUCAUUUCUUUUUUGCUCCUGCUUCAAUCGUGCAACACCGGACAGAUGGGAAACACGGGUUUUUUAACAUUCAGUAGCUCUGAAUUUUAAUUUACACUUGUCACACGUAGAAUACACUGUUCCCAGUUCUUUCCGUUAGUAUUCUCUGCAGGUAGAUACACGUUUUGUUUGCGUGUCUGACUAAGCAUCGAUGUUUCUACUGCGCCUUUCAAAAAGAUCAUUCUAUCUUAGAGUUUUCUGUUUCUCUUCCCUUCAUCUUCGCCUUUUGUAUUUGGAAAAUUCGUUUUGGAAAAGCUUGGCGGAGAUCGAUUGAACGUGCAGUUGAAGGGAAAGAGGGUGGGUACGGAGAGCGAGAUGGUGGUGGAGAAACGGAGACCGUUCCGAAACUCGACGAGCCCCAAUAAUUCAGAGGCAAAUUCUAUGGUGGCUCGACAACACGGGCCGAACAAAGACCGUUGCCGCACGGACAAAGGGGUCGCCAGGAUUGACCCCGACCAAAAGUUCUCCUCCUCUCUGUCUUCCCUUCGCUUCUGCACACCUCUUCUCUCCUUCAUUCCUGUCUCUCGCACUCCGACCCUCUCUCGCUCGCUCUCUUUCCGUCUUUCCCGACCUGUCUCGACCAUUCCAGCUCGACCAACUUGUGUCCUGUACGCGUACAACUGCAUCCCUCCGCGUAAAUGAAUCUACGUCCAUGGCCCCCGACGUGGUUGAAUUAAAGACUGGACUGCUGCCAUGGAGAAAGAAAGAUGUGAAAAUCCUUGGAAAUUUAUCAAAUACCUGAGCGGCAGGCCAACAUGGACGUUGAGGCAGCGCUGCUGGAGAAUUCUCCGACACUGUCGACCAUCUCAUCAGAUUGCACUGACACCACGUAUUCGGGUCCUGGCUCACCCUAUUCCCCAGAAUCACCGAUCAUCGUCACGUCCUCGUACAAGAAGACAAAGGAUGACGAGGUGACGCCUAGACCGACACCCAGGCACCCAUUGCCGCCCAGGAAGCCCAACUUCCGGAUACGACCGCCCUACCUGAUGAUCUGCAUCAGUAUCAUAGAGAUAGCCGUUCACUGCCUGGGGGAUGAGUCGACCUUGCGGAGGUGGUUGGUCUACGAUCCCCGUCAAAGGGUGCAGGGAUGGAGGUUUGCCUCGUACAUGCUGCUGCACUCGAACGCACUCCACCUUGCACUGAACGUGGUCAUCCAGCUGGUGCUGGCCACUCCGCUCGAGGUGGAGCAGGGACGAAUCGGUGUGGCGACGAUUUACCUAGGGGGCGGUGUUUGCGGAGCCCUCGGAGCAUCCCUGUUGCAGCCAAGUUUGUUCCUGGUCGGCGCGUCCGCAGGCGUUUACGCGCUGCUUACCAGCCAUCUCGCGCAUCUUUACUUGUGUCACGGAGAGUUACGGUACGCCGGCUGGCGUCUGGGCGCUGUGCUGCUGUUGGCCAGCGCGGACGUCGCGUCCCUGCCAAUUCCAGCCCUCCUCGGAUGCGGACGCGUCGGAUGGGCUGCACACGUGGCCGGCGCUCUGGCAGGACCUCUUCUAGGUCUGGCCGUGUUCCCUAACCAAAGCAAGAAGGACGCCAGAGGACGGAGAUUCGUCAGGUUCGUGCGUCUUUUAUCAGCUGUCAGCGUGAUGCUGUUGGUGGUCGGCGCUAUACUCGGCAACAUCUACCUGAUCGCGCUACCCCAGCUUAGGAAGCCAUCCUGACAGAGGAUUGAACUGCUCGUCAAGCUCUGCAGGCGAUCUUUCCUCAUCGUUAAGAUCAGGGAAGCCGCCGAGAGCGUUUUCGAGUAGAUCCUCGCGCUGGAACAUCGUCGAACUGGAUAUCUUUCUGACGCAGUUUCAGGAAAAUAUGAGGAGGAGAGCCUGCCUCUUGAGCAGAUGGAAUUGCGCGACAUUCUGAAGGGAAUGUGAGUCUGAAAGUUCAAAGGGACUGCUUCGGGUUUGUUGCAAUACAUAUUGAGUAGAAUGUUUUUUUUUUGGGGACUGUUAUGGUUUAGAUGGGUUGGAGAAAUGUGUUCAAUUGGAGACUGACGAUAAAUUCAGGAUUCCAAAGAGAAACGUGUUAAUGGGAUCAGUGUUUAUUCCAGGGACGAUGAAAAUAGGAAAAUGUUAACCUCGUUGAGCGUAGGCUCUAUGAAUAGUGUGUUCAAUUGCUUGUUGAACAUAGGAAAAACAAUAAUAACUCUGAAUUGCUCAGUUAAACGACACUACUGUUGUUGUACUACUGGCGUAAGGUAUCGAACAAGAGAUUCGGCAAUGUUUGCUUGAUGCAAAAAUCUUCUUCGUCACUUGAACAUUAUAAAGCUGCAUUAGUGUUCGACUUAGCUCGACUUUGAACAAAUUUUCUUGGACUCUGUCGAGAAUUUGAAGAUCCUCUCUGCGAUAUCGUACAGAGAGCUUCUAGAGGAUCCCGUCAAUCGAUGGGAGGAACCAGAAGAAUUCUAGAGGAAAUUUUCGUCGACCAUGGGUCUCUAAUCGCGAGAUUAGAAGAUCGUAUCUUGACGAAGGUUCCUCCAAGGCAGAACGGAUCGUCGGUUUCAAGGAUAAACGAACACUUGAGCAUCAUACAGAUCGCUUGACUUCUCGGUGUAAUUGACCGUUUGAAAGUUAAGACGGUUCGAGGAUCAGAGGAUCGACCUAGCGUAUUUGAGUGUACAAGAAAUCAAGGAAUUAGACCGUAAUGAGUUGGUUUUUCCUGUUACUUCAAAUAAAUUACUCCACGGAAUUAAUUAAGGAGAAGCUGAAUCAACUCAACGGUCUUCGAAUAAUGAAUUGAACUAAUCACGAGUUUAAAAAUGAUGACUUUCACGUUGAAUGUUCUAAUCGUGAGUUUGAUAACCAUGUUCAUUGAGUAAUCACUAAACUCAUGAUGAACGUUGAUCGUUAAUACGACGACGAUGAGUGUACAAUCGAUUAGAAGUAAGUAAGAAUCAGUUGAUCGAUAAUGUAUUGAUAGGUUAUUGUUGCAGGCUGCGUGCAGAAGUGUGGACGAGAGGUGACAUGGUUUGUAUCUUUUUUUUCAAUUUAUAUUAAUCUGUAUAUUUAAGGUUUGGUGAAGUACUUCCAUUAUUAACUGAAAUGUAUUACAAAGAAUUUUGGUUAAUAACAGGAACAUUAAAACUUGA